AUGGCCACCCCGCAUGGCUGUACAACAGCUUCAGUGGUCCAGAAUGCUAACAGCUUACUAUAUGGUGCCUUUGACAUGGGAACGGGUCAAUUUUUUCCUCAUUCUACUCCCUUGCAAGAAAAUUUUCGUCUACAACAUCAAGUACCUGUACAAUAUCCCAUUCGUCCUGGUCAAACACCGUCUCCAUAUAUUUCUAAUGGAAUUACUUCAGGGCAUGAUCCAUCUCGUGCUGCUCCUUCGUCAUCAUCAUUUAAAUAUUAUCAGCGUGCUUUCCCAACUUCUCUCUUGUCACGACAAUAUCAAACAAUUGAUGAAGAAAUUAAAAUGGUAGUUGAGCACCACUCAAACAAUGUAAGUGCCAGCAAUGAUGAGGUACGCCAAAUUAAUGAUUCACCUCCUUCAAAUAUACAUCGUCCUACCGCUAAUCGUCAAUUACCUAGUCCACGCUUCCAACGUCGAACCUCUUUAUCAAUAGAUCAACAUCCCUAUACACGAAACACAGAUAACAAUGGUCCAAACAUCGAUCUGAUCUCUCAGCAAGCCCUUCGCUUUGCCGAAACUCGCUAUAAAUUUCCUCCAUUUGUCGUUACAUUCCAGGAUAAGGUGCAGGAAAAGGAAGUGAUCAAUGAAUUAAAAAAACAUAUUGUGGACAAUUUGAGAUUAGAUUUCGCAUUGGACGGAUACAGAUUAAAAGAUAAUCGUCAAUUAUUUCUAUUUGCUAAGGAUCGAGAUUCAUUCAUCAUUCUGUUUGAUGAAAAAAAUUGGCCGCCUAAUUUAUGCUCGAAGUGUUAUGAGAAAUCGCUGCCCCGUCGGCUUCCACCUCAGUUUUCGUUAGUUAUCCGUAACGUAACGUUGGACAUUCAGGAUAAUGAAUUGUUAAAUGAUCUGCAAAAAGAUUUUCCUGACAUUAUCAAUCUCCAUCGUUUUAUUAAUAAAAAUAAUCUACCAACAACUAUAGCACGAUUAGAUGUUAAAAGUGUUAAAACUAUGGAUGACCUACUCAAACGAAAACACGUUAAUAUCAAUGGCAUACGAUACCCGGUGAGCGAAUAUUUUGCGCCAGCAAAAGUGCUGGUCUGUUCAA